CCGGCUUCUCCCCCUCGUUCGCUCCUGCCCUGGCGUGCAGCGCCCCGCCGCCGCCAUGUCCAGCUCGUUCGAACUCUCGGUGCAAGAUCUCAACGACCUGCUCUCGGAUGGCAGCGGCUGCUACAGCCUGCCGAGCCAGCCCUGCAACGAGGUCGUCCCGAGGGUCUACGUGGGCAACGCGUCUGUGGCUCAGGACAUCACCCAGCUGCAGAAACUGGGCAUCACCCACGUCCUGAAUGCUGCCGAGGGCAGGUCCUUCAUGCACGUCAACACCAGUGCUAGCUUCUACGAGGAUUCUGGCAUCACCUACUUGGGCAUCAAGGCCAAUGAUACGCAGGAGUUCAACCUCAGUGCUUACUUUGAAAGGGCCACAGAUUUCAUUGACCAGGCGCUGGCCCAUAAAAAUGGCCGGGUGCUUGUCCAUUGCCGCGAGGGCUACAGCCGCUCCCCAACGCUAGUUAUCGCCUACCUCAUGAUGCGGCAGAAGAUGGACGUCAAGUCUGCUCUGAGUACUGUGAGGCAGAAUCGUGAGAUCGGCCCCAACGAUGGCUUCCUGGCCCAACUCUGCCAGCUCAAUGACAGACUAGCCAAGGAGGGCAAGGUGAAACUCUAGGGUGCCCACAGCCUCUUUUGCAGAGGUCUGACUGGGAGGGCCCUGGCAGCCAUGUUUAGGAAACACAGUAUACCCACUCCCUGCACCACCAGACACGUGCCCACAUCUGUCCCACUCUGGUCCUCGGGGGCCACUCCACCCUUAGGGAGCACAUGAAGAAGCUCCCUAAGAAGUUCUGCUCCUUAGCCAUCCUUUCCUGUAAUUUAUGUCUCUCCCUGAGGUGAGGUUCAGGUUUAUGUCCCUGUCUGUGGCAUAGAUACAUCUCAGUGACCCAGGGUGGGAGGGCUAUCAGGGUGCAUGGCCCGGGACACGGGCACUCUUCAUGACCCCUCCCCCACCUGGGUUCUUCCUGUGUGGUCCAGAACCACGAGCCUGGUAAAGGAACUAUGCAAACACAGGCCCUGACCUCCCCAUGUCUGUUCCUGGUCCUCACAGCCCGACACGCCCUGCUGAGGCAGACGAAUGACAUUAAGUUCUGAAGCAGAGUGGAGAUAGAUUAGUGACUAGAUUUCCAAAAAGAAGGAAAAAAAAGGCUGCAUUUUAAAAUUAUUUCCUUAGAAUUAAAGAUACUACAUAGGGGCCCUUGGGUAAGCAAAUCCAUUUUUCCCAGAGGCUAUCUUGAUUCUUUGGAAUGUUUAAAGUGUGCCUUGCCAGAGAGCUUACGAUCUAUAUCUGCUGCUUCAGAGCCUUCCCUGAGGAUGGCUCUGUUCCUUUGCUUGUUAGAAGAGCGAUGCCUUGGGCAGGGUUUCCCCCUUUUCAGAAUACAGGGUGUAAAGUCCAGCCUAUUACAAACAAACAAACAAACAAACAAACAAAGGACCUCCAUUUGGAGAAUUGCAAGGAUUUUAUCCUGAAUUAUAGUGUUGGUGAGUUCAAGUCAUCACGCCAAGUGCUUGCCAUCCUGGUUGCUAUUCUAAGAAUAAUUAGGAGGAGGAACCUAGCCAAUUGCAGCUCAUGUCCGUGGGUGUGUGCACGGGUGCAUAUGUUGGAAGGGGUGCCUGUCCCCUUGGGGACAGAAGGAAAAUGAAAGGCCCCUCUGCUCACCCUGGCCAUUUACGGGAGGCUCUGCUGGUUCCACGGUGUCUGUGCAGGAUCCUGAAACUGACUCGCUGGACAGAAACGAGACUUGGCGGCACCAUGAGAAUGGAGAGAGAGAGAGCAAAGAAAGAAACAGCCUUUAAAAGAACUUUCUAAGGGUGGUUUUUGAACCUCGCUGGACCUUGUAUGUGUGCACAUUUGCCAGAGAUUGAACAUAAUCCUCUUGGGACUUCACGUUCUCAUUAUUUGUAUGUCUCCGGGGUCACGCAGAGCCGUCAGCCACCACCCCAGCACCCGGCACAUAGGCGUCUCAUAAAAGCCCAUUUUAUGAGAACCAGAGCUGUUUGAGUACCCCGUGUAUAGAGAGAGUUGUUGUCGUGGGGCACCCGGAUCCCAGCAGCCUGGUUGCCUGCCUGUAGGAUGUCUUACAGGAGUUUGCAGAGAAACCUUCCUUGGAGGGAAAGAAAUAUCAGGGAUUUUUGUUGAAUAUUUCAAAUUCAGCUUUAAGUGUAAGACUCAGCAGUGUUCAUGGUUAAGGUAAGGAACAUGCCUUUUCCAGAGCUGCUGCAAGAGGCAGGAGAAGCAGACCUGUCUUAGGAUGUCACUCCCAGGGUAAAGACCUCUGAUCACAGCAGGAGCAGAGCUGUGCAGCCUGGAUGGUCAUUGUCCCCUAUUCUGUGUGACCACAGCAACCCUGGUCACAUAGGGCUGGUCAUCCUUUUUUUUUUUUUUUUUUUUUUUUUUUGGCCCAGAAUGAAGUGACCAUAGCCAAGUUGUGUACCUCAGUCUUUAGUUUCCAAGCGGCUCUCUUGCUCAAUACAAUGUGCAUUUCAAAAUAACACUGUAGAGUUGACAGAACUGGUUCAUGUGUUAUGAGAGAGGAAAAGAGAGGAAAGAACAAAACAAAACAAAACACCACAAACCAAAAACAUCUGGGCUAGCCAGGCAUGAUUGCAAUGUCUACAGGCCCAGUUCAUGAGAGGCAGAGACAGGAAGACCGCCGAAAGGUCAAGGAUAGCAUGGUCUACGUAUCGAGACUCCAGCCAGGGCUACGGUCCCAAGAUCCUAGGUUUUGGAUUUUGGGCUUUGGUUUUUGAGACAGGGUUUCUCUGUGUAGCCCUGGCUGUCCUGGAACUCGCUCUGUAGACCAGGCUGGCCUCAAACUUAGAGAUCUGCCUGACUCUGCCUUUGAGGGCUGGGACGAAUGCCACCACUGCCCAACUAAGAUUCCAUUAAAAAAAAAAAAAGUUCAAGAUAAUUAAGAGUUGCCAGCUCGUUAAAGCUAAGUAGAAGCAGUCUCAGGCCUGCUGCUUGAGGCUGUUCUUGGCUUGGACCUGAAAUCUGCCCCCAACAGUGUCCAAGUGCACAUGACUUUGAGCCAUCUCCAGAGAAGGAAGUGAAAAUUGUGGCUCCCCAGUCGAUUGGGACACAGUCUCUCUUUGUCUAGGUAACACAUGGUGACACAUAGCAUUGAACUCUCCACUCUGAGGGUGGGUUUCCCUCCCCCUGCCUCUUCUGGGUUGGUCACCCCAUAGGACAGCCACAGGACAGUCACUAGCACCUACUGGAAACCUCUUUGUGGGAACAUGAAGAAAGAGCCUUUGGGAGAUUCCUGGCUUUCCAUUAGGGCUGAAAGUACAACGGUUCUUGGUUGGCUUUGCCUCGUGUUUAUAAAACUAGCUACUAUUCUUCAGGUAAAAUACCGAUGUUGUGGAAAAGCCAACCCCGUGGCUGCCCGUGAGUAGGGGGUGGGGUUGGGAAUCCUGGAUAGUGUUCUAUCCAUGGAAAGUGGUGGAAUAGGAAUUAAGGGUGUUCCCCCCCCCCCCAACCUCUUCCUCAGACCCAGCCACUUUCUAUGACUUAUAAACAUCCAGGUAAAAAUUACAAACAUAAAAAUGGUUUCUCUUCUCAAUCUUCUAAAGUCUGCCUGCCUUUUCCAGGGGUAGGUCUGUUUCUUUGCUGUUCUAUUGUCUUGAGAGCACAGACUAACACUUACCAAAUGAGGGAACUCUUGGCCCAUACUAAGGCUCUUCUGGGCUCCAGCACUCUUAAGUUAUUUUAAGAAUUCUCACUUGGCCUUUAGCACACCCGCCACCCCCAAGUGGGUGUGGAUAAUGCCAUGGCCAGCAGGGGGCACUGUUGAGGCGGGUGCCUUUCCACCUUAAGUUGCUUAUAGUAUUUAAGAUGCUAAAUGUUUUAAUCAAGAGAAGCACUGAUCUUAUAAUACGAGGAUAAGAGAUUUUCUCACAGGAAAUUGUCUUUUUCAUAAUUCUUUUACAGGCUUUGUCCUGAUCGUAGCAUAGAGAGAAUAGCUGGAUAUUUAACUUGUAUUCCAUUUUCCUCUGCCAGCGUUAGGUUAACUCCGUAAAAAGUGAUUCAGUGGACCGAAGAGGCUCAGAGGGCAGGGGAUGGUGGGGUGAGGCAGAGCACUGUCACCUGCCAGGCAUGGGAGGUCCUGCCAUCCGGGAGGAAAAGGAAAGUUUAGCCUCUAGUCUACCACCAGUGUUAACGCACUCUAAAGUUGUAACCAAAAUAAAUGUCUUACAUUACAAA